GAUGGACCUCUCUGUCUCACAAGGUAUAGUGCUGGACGGCCGUUCUUUUUUUUUUUCCCUCUCUUUCUGAGCAAAAUGACUGGGGUCGUCAUAUGACCUCUCACCCGCUACGGGCACUCAUUCCCCAUAUUGAUUCGAAACAAGUGAAAUUCAAUAAGCUGAGAACCUAACUUAGAACCUUUUAUUCAACUGCACUCACUACCAGACAUCAACGGACGCUUGCCAGGACUUCGGUAUUACAACCAGGAAAACGAGAGUAAGAUUCGCACAGCGCAGACGAUCCAGUCGCCAAACAGAUCGUAUUCACGUUCACAAGGACACCCAACACCAUCAAAAUCCAACCCAUGUGAAGCCAUGGAUAGCAAUGCGAGCAUAGAUACCACCGACCCAGAUAGCCAAACGAGUUCCCGAACAGACCAGAGCUCGUCUCGUCAUAGUCUACCAAGACCAUUCCCCAGGUCUACUGUUAAUCUACCCUCGAUAACGGCCUCUGCCAGGAACAACGGAGAUCAUGAAGGGGGGCCAUCGUCAUCGCCAUCCUCGUCCUCAUCAUCUUCUAGCCCUUCUUCCAGGAGAUCAGAUUCAUCACCCAAGGCCAGCUCUUCAGCCUAUGUAGGCGCAGGAACUUCGACAGCCGCCAUCCUCUACACCACUAGCCAGGAGUUUGGAGUGAUCUGGAACCAAACAACGGCGUUCUUGCAUCGAACCUUCUCGCCCACGUAUCGCGUCAGUGGUCUCUAUCUCGAUUCGUGGACCAAUGGAACGCAGAGACGAGGGCUUGAGCGACUCAAGUCGAAUGUCAUGCGGGGGGAUGCGUUUGUGCUGGUGCGCAACAUGACACUGCAGCUCAAGGAUCUGCUCAAGAGGAGCAUUGCAGAGACAGCAAAUAUUGAGCGACACUCGAGAGCCAUUGAGGAGAAGAAGGGACAAAGUCGUGGACAAGGACAAGCAGCUGGCAGCAAUGGGAAGGGUGGUCGCCCUUCGUCCAAUACUUCUGAUGGCGAUCACGACGGCGACAAUUCGAGAGGAAAGAGUGGCAACAGCAGUGGUGCCGGAGACGAAACAACACGGAACCAGUAGUCGUGGCAGGCACUAUGUCAUAUAGAACUGCAUUUCGCAGCAAUAAAGAUGUAUAGACCCACCAACGAUAGGUAGAUUGUACAGCGCCUAGUGGAAUUUUUUCUCUUAUGGAGGAAGUGGUUUCUAGUAUUCAGUUUGAU